CUUUAGGGGGUUGUAACGUAUUUGGGCAAAUAACAACAAACAAAUUUCCAGUAUACUCAUUACAUUGCUGUUUUUGGGGUAUUUUUCGUUUAGUGAGCGGCGAUGGAGGACGACGUUGAGAUGGCUCCGCCUGAAAACGGCGCCGUUGUGGAAUUGGAUGAUAUGAAGAAGAGGUUGAAAGAUAUGGAAGACGAAGCGGUUGCUCUACGUGAAAUGCAGGCUAAGGUCGAGAAAGAAAUGGGUUCCAUUCAAGACCCUACUGCUGCUGCUGAAAACCAGGCAAACAAGGAAGAAGUGGAUUCUCGGUCUAUCUUUGUUGGAAAUGUGGAUUAUUCAUGCACUCCGGAGGAAGUGCAGCAGCAUUUUCAGGCAUGUGGGACAGUAAAUAGAGUUACAAUCCGAACUAACAAGUUUGGGCAACCUAAAGGAUAUGCUUACGUUGAGUUUCUUGAAGUGGAAGCUGUCCAAGAAGCUCUUCUUCUGAAUGAAUCUGAACUUCACGGCCGCCAACUUAAGAUAUCAGCAAAGAGGACUAAUAUUCCUGGUAUGAAGCCGCACCGUGCUAGGCGUCCCAACCCGUAUAUGGGAUUUCGAGGACGAACACCAUUCAUGCCUGCUCCCUAUUUUUUCCCUCCUUAUGUAUACGGAAAGGUUCCAAGGGCUAGGGCGCCGAUGCGUUACAGCCCCUACUUCUGAGACUCUGUUUUUCCAUAGACGUACAUACCUCUGGAUGGUGGAACAUUUCAUUAAAAGCAGUAGCUUCUUGUCCUCUGUAUGGCUAAUUGUCUUUACAAAUCUUAUUUACCCCGAAAUCGGGUUAUCAAGUGAGCUUUGUGGCAAAUAUUGUGAUCGUGAAUCCAUUUGGUAUUUUGUCUUUAGAGUUCUUGAAAACAUAUGCGUGUUUGGGAAUUUCUAUUGUCAUGUUGCAUUCCACUGUGGAAAAGAAGAAAGAAAGAAACGUUUGGGCCAUUA